AUGGGUCAGCAGCAAUCAAGUAAAGCACAUGCACCGUUGACAUUUGGUUACAUUAGCAACAAUCAUCCGCUUGAGGAAGAGGAGGAAGAAAACGCCUACUUUAACCGAGAUCAACGCACUUGCGGCCCGUCGUCGCCUGACUUUGUGCUUGAUAACCCUCAUCUCUAUCAACUGGAAUCGACAUGCCAGCAUUGCUCAUCCAACAAGGCCCCUUACCCCAUGAUUGUUGCUGAGCAAACCAAUUCACCGUGCACACAUUGUAGACAAAACAAGCGACUAUCACUGGUGCGAAGAGAUCUUGCCGAUGAUUUACACUACAUUGAUGAAACUUACUAUCCCAACAUUGUGCAUUACGAGGAAGACGAUGAAGAGGACCAUGAGUUGAACGCAUCGACACCAGCUGUGAUGCACAACUCAGCUGCCACUGCUGCUACCUCGUCUGCCUCCAAUGCCAGUGUAGACCAUGAUACCAUCGCUGUAGACGAGAACGACACAGAUCAAGAUGAAGACGAUACAUACACGUUGCGAGACGAAGAAGGCUGGUCCAGACUCACGUUUGGAGAAGUAACACCGAGCAAAAGAUUGGUCUCUUCACCUCUGCUGGCAGUGGACUUGUCUGGGAAAUCAUUGAUCAAAUUGAGCUCGAGCAUUGGCUAUUUGGAUAACCUUACCAAAUUAGACUUAUCAGACAAUCAAAUGAUCAGCUUACCAAGAGCCAUUGGCCGGUUAAAGAAUCUUCGUAUAUUCAAUGCAUCCAAAAACCAACUGGAAACCAUACCAGACGCCAUUACAUCACUGAGCAAACUCAAGGCCAUCAAUUUCAGCCAUAACAAACUGACAUCGUUACCCAUAGGCAUUGGUAGCUUACCCAGUCUCAUCAUUGUCAUUCUCAACCACAACCAACUAGCACAUCUACCCCGAGCACUGGCCAAUUUAAACGGCAUGAUCACCUUGAACAUAUCGCACAACCCACUGAAAACCAUUCCCGCCGAGAUAGCUGCACUGAAAUCGCUUCGAAAAUUGACAGCUGAGGCAUGUGCGUUUGAGCAAGAGAUGAUACACACAUUGUCACACGAUCCACCCAGUUUGUUCGAGCUGUGUGCUAGACACAUGGUGAAAUCCAAAAUUCCAUUGCCCGUGUCAUUAUCACAUCAUCAUAUUGCUGAUUAUUUCAAGCAAGAGCAAACAUGCUCGUUUUGUUUUGGGCCCUAUUUUGAAUCUUGUGUUACUCGCAGUCGGUUCAUUGAAAGAACCGCUAGACAAGUGAUCACAUUGGAUUACAAGCUGUGUUGUGCUCAUUGGACGGAUGAAAAUGACCGUAUUUCUGCCAUGUUCUCGACACCGUAUUACAAGCAGCAACAGCAGCAACCACUUGCACACACGACGCAUUCACCUACUACUACUACUACUACUACUACUACUACUACUACUACUACUACUACUACAAUGCAAUUGCCACCAGUAGCGAUUGAAACAGCCGGUCUGUCUACGCCAUCAUCGCCCGUCUCAGAAGAAAACUUGCUGCCACAACAAGACUACUUUAAUCAUCAUUCACGACAUCACCCUCUUUACAGCAGUAGUGAGGAUAUACUUUGUGUACCCACGACCGCAGAAAAUGAAGCAUUGGCAUCGUCAUCCUCUUUUAUUUCUGCAGCAGCGAGUGCGUCUCCCACCAUAUAUCCACCGCAACCAUCUUCAUCACCCUCCUCAUUGCUACAACCAUCCCCAUCUUUGUCAUCCUUGUCCACCACGACCAACAUUGCAUUACGCCCAAGGUCAUCCUCCACCAGUUUACUGCGAAUCAGUGCAAUGCAGAAUCAUCAUCAGCAUCAACAACAACAACAACAACAACAACAACAACAACAACAACAACAACAACAACAACAACAACAACACAUCAUAUCCCCACCACAGCUUCACCAAGAGCAGCAUGAAUCUUUGCCAUUUGCUACACUGACGGGAAGACAAUCUGAGGAAGCCGACAGGAUCUUGUCUAGACAACAACAAGCUAUUACACGAAAGUCAAACGGAUUGAAACAAGGUUUUGCGCAACUUGGGGCUCGGUUAAGUCGAAAGAACGGCAGCACAAGCAACCAAACAAGCGGAUCAAGUACAAGUAGUCAUUGUCAUAGUAGCACUGCUGCUGGCAAUAGGGAUAGAAGUGAAACUGUUUAA